CCAUUUAAGAAAAUAAUAACCUAUAUAAACUCGAUCGUGGAGCAAGAACAUUUUACUCGAUGAGAAUAAGUGUCGGUAGCCUCUCGGGUUCUCUGCAGAUGAAUAAAAAAAUCCGACAUUUAAAAAGCUGUUAAUAUAGUUAGCACCAUUGUUUUCUUUUCCUGCUGCUAAAUACUCAAUCUUUUGCUGUUAUUUGACUGAUUUCAGCUCCGAAUGUACAAGUUCCGAAGCGGGCUUUGGUUUGUUUAAGGUGUUUCUAAUUAAAGUGUCGUAAUCAGCUGAGGAUAAUAGUUUGAUUUGAUGCUUAAAGUAAUUCAGCUGCAAUGAUAUGUUCAACCGAAAAGAGAAAAAGAGAAAAGGAUCCGAGCUUAGUUUGUUGGUGGCUAACAAACUAAUAUAAUAUAAAAUGAGAGAUCUAACUAAAGCAUUAAGUUUCACUAUUUUUCAUGUGCGAUUGAUCAGAAUAAUGAGGGGAAUCUUAUUGCAAUGGCUGCACAUUGUGAUGUAUGCGGUGAUUUUGGUGAGAACUGAAAGCAUUUAUGUAAAUAUUACCUAUGUUCAAGAUGCCGUGGCAAGAGGGGCAGUUUGUCUGGAUGGGAGCCCGCCGGCGUACCAUUUUGAUAAGGGAUAUGGAACAGGAGUUAACAAUUGGUUGAUUCAGCUAGAGGGAGGAGGGUGGUGCAACAAUGUGACUACAUGCCUUGCUCGUAAGGGCAACCGGUUAGGCUCCUCCAAGCAGAUGGUUAAGCUGCUUGCUUUUUCUGGGCUUUUGGGCAACAAGGCGAGGUUCAAUCCCGAUUUCUAUAACUGGAAUCGAGUCAAAAUUAGAUACUGUGAUGGAUCGUCGUUUACUGGUGAUGUUGAAGCAGUGAAUCCUGUGACAGGACUUCACUACAGAGGGGCAAGGGUGUUUCUUGCUGUUAUGAAGGACCUAUUAGCAAAAGGAAUGAAGGAUGCUGAAAAUGCUAUGUUAUCUGGAUGCUCGGCUGGUGGAUUAGCCGCGAUUCUUCAUUGUGACAACUUCAAGAAUCUCCUUCCCAUCGGGACAAAAGUGAAGUGCCUUUCGGAUGCUGGUUUUUUCAUAAAUACGAAGGAUGUCUCCGGAGCUCAACAUAUAGAAACCUACUUUAACGACAUUGUUACAACACAUGGAUCAGCGAAGAAUCUGCCCCCAUCGUGUACCUUGAGAAUGAGACCGAGCCUUUGUUUCUUCCCACAAUACUCUGCAAGAGGAAUCCGGACGCCCCUCUUUGUUUUGAAUGCCGCCUAUGAUUCAUGGCAGAUAAAGAAUGCUUUGGCUCCCAUUGAUGCUGAUCCACGCGGGCGCUGGCACAACUGCGAGACAGAUAUACUCAAGUGCUCUUCAACGCAGCUCCAAAUCAUGCAAGGUUUCCGAUUAGAGUUUAUCAGAACAAUAACCGGAUUAGGGUUGUCGAUGUCUAGAGGAUUAUUCAUCAAUUCUUGCUAUGCACAUUGCCAAACUGAAAUGCAGGAAACCUGGUUUAGAAGUGACUCUCCAAAGCUAAAUAACAAGACGAUUGCAAAAGCCGUUGGAGAUUGGUUCUACGAUAAAAGUCCGUUUCAGAGGGGGGAUUGCCCCUAUCCUUGUGACAGAACUUGUCAUAACCGCGUUUUUGAUCCACAGGAGCACCCGUUGAUCUAGAUACGGUGUUGUUUUAUAAGGAAGUAUCAUUCAUCAUUUAAACAUUAUAUAGAUAGCAAUAUACAUUAGGAUUAGACUAUUGGAGAUGAAGAAGAGAAGAAGAUUUAUCAAGUUUACUAUAGAAAAGGAAAAAUAAGCAGGAAAAUGUGUGCUUGCUAGCUCCCAGUUUUUCAUUUUCACUCAUUUAUCAAUGUAAAAGUAUACUGUAUUGGUUAAAUAUUCUUUCUAGGAAACAUAAUUAGUGAGUUUCAAACUCUGUUUCUGUAACUGUUAGUAAAUCAAGAGGAAUAAAUAUAAUAAUGUCACAUGUUUUUAUUGA